UCGGCUUUUUGUUUGCACUUGGAACUGACAGAUUGAUACUUAUCUUGAUUUUUUAAAAUUUUAUUUUUUACUGGUAAAAGAAAACCAUGCCUGAAUUUUCUAACUCAAUAUGUGGCUGCUGUGGAGAUAUAAGCAUUUGUUUAACAACAUUUUUUUUACCCUGCUUGACAGCAGGUAAGAACGCUGAGUUUGUUGGAGGAAAUUGUCUUUUGUAUGGUUGCCUUUCACUGACGUGCGUUAAUUUUAUUACUGAUGGAAUGACUAGAGGAAAAAUUCGUGAAAAGUAUGGUAUUAAUGGUUCUUUCAUCUGUGAUCUUAUUUAUCAUUGCUUUUGUCCUUGUUGUGCUUUAAUCCAAGAAGCACAGCUAAAUGCGUCAUUUAUGGCAGUGUUUUUGUAAGUUUUAUUUUUAUUUGUUUAAAGGAAAUUAAAGCACAUGGUGCACCAGGGCUCUUAACCAUGGCAAGAGAAUAAACGAUUUAAAUGAAGAUUAAACGCAAUAUAACAUGAACCUAAUAAUUUAUACUCUAGUUAUAAAAUGUUUUCUUAGUAAAACUGCCACCUAAUCAUGUAAAAAAAUUUAACGAUAGUUUUAUAACAUUUUAUUUGAAAACUGACGUUUACUAAUUUUUUUAACUGUAUUUCUUGUAACAAACUUAAUUCUUAUUUAUACAAUUUUAAUAGAAUAAAAAGUCAU